CAAAAUUGUGCUUUUAUUCAUGAUGAAUAUAGACGUUCAUCGAUUAUUGUUAAACCAGGUUUUACAUAUGCACCACAAUAUGUACCACCUAAUGGUGAUCAAACAACAAUAGAUGAACAAGAACAUGAACAACGUUCACGACGUUCAAGUUCAGGUUAUGCAUCCGUUGAUGAACAAAUAUCAAUUUGA